GAGUGGGAAUCGGAGUCGUUCACGCCGGCUACGAAAGGCGCCUCGCCCAUCACCUAGGUGCACACAGCACACCGUCCCUACUGGGGCUCGUUAACGGCAAAAUAACCUUCUUCCACAACGCCGUCACUCGGGAAAACCUGCGGCAGUUUGUGGAGAACCUCCUGCCGGGCAAUCUCGUCGAAAAGAUUACAGAUAAAAACUACAUCCGCUUUCUCUCCAACUGGAAGAAAGAAAACAAGCCCCACGUCCUUCUAUUUGAUCAUACGCCGGCCGUGCCGCUCUUAUACAAGCUGACGGCCUUUGCAUACCGAGAUUACCUGUCCUUCGGUUACGUGUACGUCGGACUGCGAGGCACCGAAGAGUUGUCCAGUCAGUACAACAUCAACGUCUACACUCCCACCAUGAUGAUCUUCAAGGAGCACGUCGACAGGCCCGCCGACGUUGUGCAGGCACGAGACAUGAAGCAGCAGCUCAUGGACGACUUCCUUUCCCAGAAUAAGUUCCUCAUGGCCGCCAGACUCGCCAACCAGAGGCUGUUCCAGGAGCUGUGUCCCGUGAAGAAGUCUCACCGGCAGCGAAAGCACUGCGUGGUCUUACUGACCGGAGAAGGCGAGAAGUUUGCCGAGGCUUACGAGGCAUUUUUGACGUUUGCCGUGGCCAACACGAAAGACACGCUGAAGUUUGCGCACGUCUACAACGAUCGGCAGCCGGAAUUUGCGGAUGCCUUGCUGACGGAGGAGGAGAAGUAUCGGGGAAAGUCAGCUGUGGUCAUUUUGGAGAGACGCAAUAACGCAGGGAAGGUCGCCUAUAAAACCUUGGAGGAGGCCUGGCAGGGCAGCAAAGAGGACAACUUCAUCCUCCUGGAUCUUCUGGACCAGCUGAGGACAGACCCCGGCCUUCUCUCUUCAGAGACUGUCUUGGCAGACUUGAACGACGAACUCGCUCCCAUGUUCCUUAUCCGAUGGCUCUACUCCACGCUGGACUAUAUCUCGGACUGCUGGGACAGCUUGUUUCACAGUAACUGGUACGGACUGGGCGGGAACGAGUCUCG